AUGGCCUCCAGUGACAAGUCCCCGGAACCAACACCGCCCUACGGAGAGCAGCAGCCACCGGGGGCUCCGAUGACGAUGUAUCAGCACUUGCUGGACAAAGGCGCUCAGAUGAUGCAGUCUUUGAAGCCCAUAAAACAGAUGAACCAGCAUGUGUGCACCUUUGCUUUAUAUAGCCACGACAUGUCUCGCCAGAUUGAGACUCACCACUAUGUCACCAGACUAAACCAGGACUUCCUCCAGUGCGCUGUUUAUGACACUGAUGACUCCUCCGGCCGACUCAUUGGAGUGGAGUACAUAGUUUCAGAUAAGAUUUUUGAAGCUUUGCCACCGGAAGAGCAGAAGCUUUGGCACUCUCAUGCUUAUGAGAUAAAAUCAGGCCUCUGGGUUAAUCCUCGAGUUCCAGAAAUGAUAGUGAAACCAGAUCUCGAAAAUUUGACCAAAACUUACGGCAAGUUUUGGUGUACAUGGCAGGUGGAUAGAGGUGAUAAGCUUCCAUUGGGAGCACCGGCACUGAUGAUGUCUCCCCAAGGAGUGAACUUGGGGAUGGUGGAUCCGGAGCUAGUUCAGAAAAGGGAUAACAAGUACAACAUAUCAACUGAAGCAAUGAAGAGUUCAAGGGUGGAGAUUGAAGAACCAGAGUGGAUCAAUCCACAAGCUGACUACUGGAAGCAGCAUGGCAAGGGUUUUGCCAUCGAUAUUGAGCGGACUCAAAUGAAAACAAGGGCUCCCUUCCCAUAA